GCCAAGUGAAUGCACAGCCUCACGUGAAUCAGGUCUUGCUGACGCGCGAGGCCUCACAAAUUCUGCUUAUCUAGACUCCAAAACCAUUGAAAACUCAGCUCUCUUGGCAAUCCUCUACUCUCGCUUGCCAGUUACUAACCAAUUCUGGAGUCAUGGGUGGCUCGGACGAAGAGAAGGAGCGCAAGAGGGAUAUAGUGGGAGACUUCCUGAAAAAGAACUUGAAUAAAGGUGAAAUAGCAUUGAAGCACGCGGUGGGUCUCGGAAGUCAGCCCAAUGUCGUCCCUGUAACUCAGCCUGUUGUCGAUGGGCCACGUCGUCCGGUGGAGGUUGGAUGGCACCCUGUCGGCGGCUUCGCCGGAAAAUGGUUUGCUGAAGAGACUGGGCUGGGAAAGAUGAUCACGGAGAGGAUCAACAAGUAUCCUGAUCCGACGCAGCAUUGGGCUGUUCUCGUUGGUGACUACGCUCAUCAGCUAUGGAUGGAUGAGAACUUUGAUGUGAUCUACACGAAUGCAAAAAUUGAACGAGACGAGUGGCAGACAUUUUCAGUCGGAGAGACGCGCUUCAAUGACGAUGCACUCAGGCGAGCUGGUGAAUCAGUGAUCCAAAGCAUCAGAGAGAGGCAGCCCACUUACAACCUAAUCACGAACAAUUGCCAGACGUACGUCCUUCAGCUCCUCGACGCCAUCAAGGUUGGUGUGAAUAAAGAGUUCGGCACUACCUUGGCUGUCUACGAGAGAGUCUUUGGGCCAGGCAAGAUCAAGGACCUGUUUGAGGGUGAAGAAAAGCCAGAAGAUCAGCAACAGCAGCAGAUUGAGCAAGGAGGGGAACCUGGAGCAGAGCCAGGAACGCAGCCACCGAUGCAUCCAGGCAGAUCGGAUACAGUCAACCUGGCACAGGAUGUCAUGAACCAGAACACCAAUCAACUCGAUACCGAAAGGGAGAUGGAGAGGCAUGAAGAUGAGAAAGAGGACAACGAGAAGAAGAAGGGAUUCUUCUCGCGAUUUAAACGAAGUAAUAGUUAGUUCUGGAUACGCCCUUGAGCGUUAUAGCGUAGUAGAUGAGGUUUAAGAUUUUUAUAUACCACUUGAGAAU